GGCUGUCCUGCAUCAGAUAGCCGAGGGCAGGGCGGAGGGAGCACGGGGAAGGGUUUCCUGUUCUGUGAGCCGAGGCAGAGGAGCUUGACAGUGAAGGAGUCUGUCAUCUGGCCCUGAUCUAACGAGGAAGGCCCACCGUGCAACGCUCCACGAUGUUCCCAAGGCUCCCAAGACUGACCCCAGGCUACAUCAGGCUGCUGCAGACCCAGGCCUAUCGUAACGUGUCUGCAGCGCCUCCAGCUGAGAGGACCAUGCCGGGUAUGGCUUUGCUGCUGGGCGCCGUGGGGAUCGGGAUGUGUGGCUACAGCUCCAGGCAGUUGGCCCUCUACCACCGGCCCUCUGCCCGUGUGCUACAGUGGGUUGGCACGCACACUGAAGCCACCAUGGCGGGCACAGCGGCCCAUAAGACCCCAUUCCUGGAUGUAACUCGCCAGGCUAAUGCCUGUCACGAGAUCCCUCCCCCGUCCUUUGUUGGCCAGAAAGUCCCUCCGAAAUAAUGUGCGGUUCUAGAUUGGAUUUAGGUUGGCCAGCAACAGCUGUUGGUUCUCAGAAACUGCACUUUUGCACGUCCAAGCCUGUAGCUAUACUGGCCCAUCGCACCAGUGUGGCCCCAUGUGCUCUCUGAGGAUGCGGCAAGAGUGGGUUUCUGACUGACUGAACCUGUAUGUUGGCAGGAAGUUGGAAGCGAUCUCUAAUGAUACAGAAACUAGUGCAACGCAUAUGGAAAUCGUUUACAUUGUACUAGAGUCUUUAAUGCCCUUAGAGGACACUAAGCAGCGUGAAUGAUUGGAUGAGCAUGUAAUGAUGUUGGAACUUUCCAAAAAACUGUUGCUGAAUAGGCGUUGAAUGAGCUAAAAUGUUUAAUCAGGAGACAUUGUGUGUCUCCUUGAGGCCUGCUGAAUUAAGGGUUUGAUGCUUGGCAGUGCCCCUGUGUACACAGAUGGUUGGCAACCCUCUCCCUGUGCCCCCCUCUGCCCCACCAUGCUUCCCCAGGCAGACAGCCAUGUGUGAGUGCUUCAGCAGCCCAUAACUGCCCAUGACUUCAAUUGAUUUCCUCUGAGGAGGAGGAGCAGUCCAUCAAGAAGCCUUGGCACUGGCAGGGACAGCCUGACAUCAGCUGUCAAUCAGGAGGCAGCGGUAGAAGACACAGAUUAUGGCUUCCACUACUUUGUCGGCGUGUUUGAUCGGGCCAGGGAAAGAACAGCAGAGAUAGUCCGAGGAAUCAAGACUCUGGGUCACGUUAACACACCAAACAUUUGCACAAAUACGUCUGACUGGAUUGCGACGUCUUAUUUACCAGGCUGAGACACUGCAGGUGGCAGGCGGGCAAGAGAGAAUCAUCAGAUCAUUCCUCCUGGAUUAGCCUGUGGCCUCGGUGGGUAUUAUGAACUCAGGUGGAAAAUCAAUCCUGGCACACACUCAUUUACCUAAUCUGGUAUUAGAGAGACAAGCAUCCACGAGAGCCAGACACUGCAGACUUGUGCAUCCCAACUUUGUGCCCCCCCCCCCAAAACCAGAAUUUGUUUACAUUCUGGUUUUGGUUUUUCCUUUUGCAUUUACAACAAAAACCUGGCAUUUAAAGGGGAUUUCACACUUAAGCGUGGUUGAGAGCGUGCCUCAUGGGUUGCAAACUGUUUGAAAUUUACUGAUGUGUAUACGGAUAUAUAGAAAUCCAUAUCUGAUACAUUGGUGACACAAAUCAUAAAAGGGGGUAAGGGAGUUUUACUCGUAUUUUUGAAAAGUUGUGAAAAAUAAGGAUUCAGCCAAACUCUUUUUUUUUGGAUUACUCAAAAGCCUUUUUUUCCCUGUUUGCUUAAUUGGACCAGCUGUUAUUUGUGGCACUUUGGGAGUUUUCAAAACCCUGGGAGUGGUAAUCCAGAACACCAGUGCAGUAGGUCGCUGACAGAACUGUCAUAAUCCACUCAGCAGAUGGAGCUAAUGGCUCCAACUGUCAUCAUGGCACAAAUAACAGGACACUGUUAUGUGUCCCGACCCCUGAUGAAAGAGUAGUUUUUAAACAUUUUCUUUAAUCAAUAACAGAUUCAGAUACAUGCACGAUUCUGCUUUGAAAGAAUAUCACAUGCUGAUGCAUUUUCCUUUCAAGUUCAUGCACUGCACUCCUGUGAGUAUGGAAUCAAUGUAGGCUUGGGUUGGAGGUUGUGAAAAUCCACCUGGCUGGUUUUGAUGGAUUCUCUCUCUUCUGCAGCGUUGCACAGUGAGCACAGAGCUCUAUUGAUCUCAGUCGGACUGUGUGAGGUGGAGCCUGUCCGCUCGCUGCGGCCCACUUCCCCAUUCACUCAGCGUCGUGCGGGUUCAUGAGGCAGAACUGCCAAGACGGCGCACGGGACAAAACCAAUAUCUGGAAAAAACACGUUCGCCGUCGGUUCACUGUUCAUCUGUUUGCUGCGAGCUUCACACAUCAGCGCUCAGCCAAUACAAGCCUUGAUGGACUGCAAACUCCCGAGUGGCAAUUACAGGAGAGAUUCUUAUCUGUUUGGAAUAUAAUUAAUAUUUAAUGGCGAGAUGUUAGAAGAGAUUUAUGAAAUAAAAGCAUCUGGCACUUCAGUCGCACCCUUGUGUCUCGUUGCUUCUGUGCAGCACAUUAUGGUGAAGGUUUUUAGUCAUCUUAAAGAGAGUGGACUAGUUUCAAUCAUGUUGUAUGUGUAGGUGUUAAAAGUCAAUUGGCAAUAACUGAUGUGGUAAUGUAAGCAGACUUAUAAUGAAAAUGUAGUCAUGUAAAAAAAGUUGGGAAGCAUUGAUAUUCACUUUAAAGGAGGGAGAUCAG